GUGCGACCUCUCUCCCUCUCUCUUGUGCUCUCCAAGUUCUCUGGGUUUUGAAGAUCUAAUCUUUUCUGCUUCAAUGGCCCCGACGACGCAGCACCUGAAAGAAGAGAGAACUCUGUAUUCCCUCGUGAUCUGUUCGUCUUCCGUAUUUAUUUGAUCGAGCUAGGGUUUCUGCGAGAUCUCCACUGGAUUUCGAAGGUUCUUAUUUGAUUUCGUUUCAUCACCGAAGCAUCGGAGGGAUGCCGUGCGUUGCGGCGGCGACGGUGGCGGAGGACAAGGACGCGGAGCCGUUCGUGGAGGUGGACCCGACGGGGAGGUACGGACGGUACGCGGAGCUGCUGGGGUUCGGUGCGGUGAAGAAGGUCUACCGGGCGUUCGACCAAGAAGAGGGGAUCGAGGUGGCGUGGAACCAGGUGAGUCUGCGGAGAUUCCGCGAGAACCGUCCGAUGAUGGACCGGCUCUUCGCGGAGGUGCAUCUCCUCCGUGAGCUCCGCCACGACAACAUCAUCGCUCUUUACCGGGUGUGGACCAACGCCGAGCAGAGCACCCUCAACUUCAUCACCGAGGUCUGCACCUCCGGCGACCUCCGCGAGUACCGGAAGCGCCACCGCCACGUCUCCCUCAAGGCCCUCAAAAAGUGGUCCCGCCAGAUCCUCGUCGGCCUCGAUUACCUCCACAACCACGACCCCUGCAUCAUCCACCGCGACCUCAACUGCAGCAACGUCUUCAUCAACGGCAACGUCGGCCAGGUGGUUGCAGGUGAAGAUCGGGGACUUGGGGCUGGCGGCGAUCGUGGGGAAGAGCCACGCGGCGCACUCGAUACUGGGGACGCCGGAGUUCAUGGCGCCGGAGCUGUACGAGGAGCAGUACACGGAGCUGGUGGACAUCUACUCGUUCGGGAUGUGUGUUCUGGAGAUGGUGACGCUGGAGAUCCCCUACAGCGAGUGCGACAGCAUCCCCAAGAUCUACCGCAAGGUUACGGCUGGGGUGCGCCCGGCGGCCUUGGGCAAGGUCCGUGACCCCGAGGUCCGGGCCUUCAUCGAGCGCUGCCUCGCCAAGCCCCGCGCCCGGCCCUCCGCCGCCGAGCUCCUCAAGGACCCUUUCUUCUGUGGCCUGGAUGAUGACGAAACCCCACCUCCCCCGUCCCUGCCGGCCACCGAGCACCGCAACUUGCCGUCGACGGACAUCUUCGCCCUCCGGCUGGAUUGAAGGUGGUGGGUGGUUCACGUCGCAACUCGGGAUGGUUUUAUUUUUUUCAGUUUUCAUGAAUUUGGUCGUCGUGCCCAUAUACGUACAAAACUCCUGUUGGGUUGCAAGGAUAUUAUUAUUUUUUGUUUUUAGUGUUGGCUGUUAUUUUUAUUCUA